AUGCCGAGCAUCCGCCCCACUGAAGGUAGUGAGGAUCGCCUGGUCCAGGCUCUUCUUACCGGUACCCUUUGUGUUGUGAGCGACGGCUCGUACAAAGCUAAAGUGGGCACAGCAUGCGCUCAAAUUCUCACCGAGGAUCGCAGGGACAUCAUCUGGAUCACCUGCCAAACCCCGGGGAAAGUUGAGGAUCAGAGUUCAACACACAGCGAAUUUAUUGGCCUUAUGGCUUCUCUCUUGGUGUUGGAAUGGAUGGUUCAGAUUGCUCAACUGAAACUCUUUGCCAGCCAACCCUCGGUGGGGAUGGCCUGCGACAGUCUUGUUGCCCUGGAUAAGUCCUUCUCAGGAGCCCAGCUGUCCUUGUCUGGCGCGCAGUUUGACUUGGCCUCCACCAUCCGGGCCUUGCUUCGCCACCUUCCUCUCCAAGUUCAUUGGCGUCAUGUCAAGGGUCACCUAGAUAAGCAGCGUCCUUUCUCUCAACUGGACUGGUGGGAGCAGCGCAAUGUUGAAGUCGACUCCAAAGCACAAGCCUACCGCCGCCUGCUGGAGUCUACAGGCAAAUCUGCUGCCUCCAACCCCCGCUUCUUCCAUGAACCUGUGGCUUUAUUCAUUGAUGGCAUCAAGUCGUCCUGA